GGGUCUUUUCUGCAAAACGGCCGUCGACGUACGGCCAGGAGCAAUCGCUGGUUUAUUAGUACGUAAAGAUAAAGAUUUUUUGAGAAUCUAAAUAUGGAGCUGUCUUCCCCUUGGGCAAUCGCCUCCGUUAGAUCUUGAAUGGACGUCAGAUAUAGGGGGGCAAGUCACCUCAUCUCUUUCCCGUCCUAUCCCAGCCGCUGCCGCCGCCGUCGUCGUGCCGUGGAACUGGAGGUGGAAGAGACUUGAAUCUGUCUGCCUAGGAGUGGUGAGCGAUGAAGGCGCGGCAGUUCAUGAAUGUUGUGAUGCAGAGGUAUGGCAGUAGCAGCACCUGGUAUACGGUGAGUCGAAUCAAGGCCGGCGAGCAUCUCUUCUACGGAUCCACGGCGGAAGCACGGGCGGCAGAAAAAUCCAAGGUCAAUAUGGAUUGGCAAUCACCAGGCGUGGUGCCACCAUGGAUGGAGACCGUCUCGCCGAUUCCUCCGCCCAGGCUCAGGUUCGAACGGUCCAUCCCAGACAACAAAAGGAUGGAUUUCCUGCCCUUCUAUGGACGAGGCAGCAGCGGCGCUAGCAAGAUCCUCUGCGUGGACGCCGAGGGGCACACCGUCCUAUACGACAUGCCCGCCGGUUCCCUCCAGCCAAUUCCACACCUCAACAGUCCCAAGGGGAGCAGGCCUAUCAGCUUCUCCGCCACUAAUCGCGAAGCCUCUGACCAUGAACGUGCUGAUGUCUUCUACGUCAUGGGAAGGUUCCCUUCCAGCUACGAUCCCUACAACUUCGAGGUACUCAUGUACUGUGACCCUUCCAAUGGCAGGACGAUGAGAGGCUGGAACUGGCUCAAGCUACCAACACCACCUGCCUAUGCUGACAAUUGCAUAGUCAAUUCCCAUGCGCUGCUUGACGUUGAAGGUGACAGAAUUCUUGUUGUCUCCUCCGGAGAAGAAAGCCUUGGCACCUACUGCUUCAACACGGCCAGUCGCAAGUGGUUCAAGGCCGGCUCCUGGAGGCUGCCAUUCUUUGAUCGUGCCGUGCUUGUGCCAGAGCUAGACAACCUCGUGUUUGGAAUUGCUAAUGAUGAAGGCCACCCCUUUUGUGCAAUGGAUAUCAUCUCCCGUAUUCUCACGAAGAGGGGUCGGCCUUCGGUGUACACUUGGCCACACCUUGACGAUCUGCCUCAGGACUGGGCGAUGAUGGAUUGCAGCUUUGUCUACUUGGGAGCUGGGAGGUUUUGCAUCACCAAAAUCUUUGAGUUUGGUUUCGACCAACGUACAGGCCACACGACUCACGCGGGUGCUGUCAUGUCUGGUGUGGAGGUAGUGCGUCGUCACAAGAAGUCUGGACUCGUUAUGGUCAACCAUAGGUCCAAAUUCUACAACUUCGUCUCGGAUGAAAUCGAGCGUGUCUUGUAAGGGUAUCUCACUUGUGAAAAAAGGGGAGCAAAUAAACGGGUAUUCCCUCGA